UCUUGGGCUGGUAGAGGGGAGGGGAGGAUGCGAUAAAAGUAUAAAUAUCAUGCCUGGGAUCGGUUGGCCAACUCAUCCUGGUUUCAUAUUCAUCGCCUCUUAAGCUAUACAACAGAUCGACACCUUGCAGGUCGGUGCUACUAUUUUAUUGUUGAAGCUCAUAUAUACCCACCUAAACCAUGUCUCUCUCCGCAAUCACAUCUACAGACUAUACGUCUGGGCUCGAAAACGAAUCGACUAUAACCCUUCAAACGGCAACGGAGAUCAGUUCUAGCCAAUUCUACGACUCCAUCAAGCCACUUCCCUUAGUCCACACUGUCGAAAUUUUCGAGGAUGAUACCAUCACAGUUCCCAAUGUUGAAGAGGUUACUGUUGUGGCACCCUCUGAAGAUGAUACUGUAGACAAGGUCGACGGACCGCUACGGCUUAGUGACAUUGUCACUAGUGUCCGUGAACCGACAUCUGGCGCCAAGAAGCUCCGCAAGAUGAUAUUCGAGACCGAGGAGCUUAUCGUCUGCCCUGGGGUAUACGAUGGCCUCUCUGCUCGUACUGCUAUGGAACUAGGCUUCAACGCCAUGUACAUGACUGGUGCAGGUACUACGGCGUCACGCAUCGGACAGCCAGACUUGGCCAUUGCUCAGCUACAUGAAAUGAGAGAAAACGCCGAGAUGAUUGCUAACCUUGAUCCAUUUGGUCCGCCCUUGAUCGCUGACAUGGACACUGGAUAUGGCGGACCUAUCAUGGUUGCUCGUACCGUGGAGCAGUAUAUCCGUGCCGGAGUAGCUGGUGCACAUCUCGAAGAUCAAGUCCUCACCAAACGUUGCGGCCAUCUGAGUGGCAAGAAGGUCGUGCCGCAAGAGGAAUACAUCUCACGCAUCAGAGCUGCCCAUGCCGCACGCGUGCGGUUGCAAUCUGACUUCGUACUCAUUGCGCGAACUGAUGCCCUUCAAUCACUCGGGUAUGACGCGUGUAUCUCGCGACUACGCGCAGCUCGAGACGAAGGCGCAGACGUUGGUCUGCUCGAGGGUUUCACAUCCAAGGAGCAAGCGGCCCAGGCUGUUAGAGAGCUAGCACCAUGGCCACUUCUGCUAAACUCAGUCGAGAACGGAAAGAGCCCUGUUAUCACCAUCGAAGAAGCUCACAAGAUGGGCUUCCGCAUUAUGAUCUUCAGCUUUGCGACGCUGGCACCUGCGUACGUGGCCAUCCGCGAGACCCUUCUCCGUCUAAAGGGCGAGGGCGUGGUCGGCACGCCGAAGCACAUCACGCCUGUAAAGCUUUUCGAGGUCUGUGGGUUACAGCAUAGUAUGGAAGUGGACAUGGACGCUGGAGGUACAUCCUUUGUGGGAGGAUUGUAAGCACUGGAUGCUUAGAUGGUGUUUAGGUGGCUAUCGGAAUGGUUCUCUCGUUAUUGAGUAUAUAUGUGGCGUGCAGAUGUAUUUAAUUUUCAGAACUUGGUUAGGAUUUCUUUGAUAGUUUCAAUGCGAUAUUGACUGGUUCAUACGCUGAUAAACGGGCAUGCUGUGAUGAUAAUAAAGUUGCUCCUUUUCAAAGUGA